UCUCUUUAUCAGAAGUGUCAAGUAGCAAAUGCUUCCGAACACAGAUGUUAACAAACAGCUGAAUUCCGUGUGUGGCACACUGUUCCUGUUCUUGUUCCAUUGUUUCUAUGUUGUUAACAUGAUGAACUCUUUGCUUUCACAACCCUUAACUCAGCCACCACCAAUUAUUCCCUCUUCCACCAACCGAACAAGCCUCACUCUUCUUCAUCCCUCAAACCCAAACAACAACCUCACCCACUUGGCCAUGCUUUCCCACGAGCCAACCAGUUCCACCAUCUACGCUUCCAUUCUCGAGUCUUGUGGGUCCCCCACUUUGGGAAAACAGCUUCAAGCCCACUCCAUAAAAGCAGGGUUUCACGGCCACGAGUUUGUCACGACCAAGCUGCUCCAAAUGUAUGCCAGAAACUGUUCUCUCGAGAACGCACGCCACGUGUUCGACACAAUGCCUUUUAGAAACUUGCACUCUUGGACCGCACUCCUGCGUGUUCACGUUGAAAUGGGGUUCUUUGAGGAAGCAUUUUUACUGUUUGAACAGUUGUUGAAUGAAGGGGUGCCAGUGGAAUUGGAUUUUUUCGUGUUCCCCGUGGUGUUGAAGAUUUGUUGUGGGCUUUGUGCUUUGGAGCUGGGUAGGCAAAUGCAUGGGAUGGCGUUGAAACAUGGGUUUGUUAAGAAUGUUUACGUGGGUAAUGCUUUGAUAGAUAUGUAUGGUAAAUGUGGGAGCUUAGAUGAGGCCAAGAAAGUUCUAGAAGGAAUGCCCCAGAAGGAUUGUGUCUCUUGGAAUUCUAUGAUCACUGCUUGUGUUGCUAAUGGGUUGGUGUACGAGGCACUGGGUCUCUUGCAAAAUAUGUGUGCCGGGAAGUGUGGUUUAGCACCUAAUCUUGUUUCUUGGAGUGUGGUGAUUGGUGGAUUCGCGCAAAACGGUUAUGAUGUGGAGUCGGUUAAACUGCUUGCGAGAAUGGUGGUAGAAGGAGGAAUGAGACCGAAUGCGCAAACGCUGGCAAGUAUUCUUCCAGCUUGUGCCAGGAUGCAAUGGUUACACGUUGGGAAGGAACUGCAUGGCUAUGUUGUUAGGCAUGAGUUCUUCUCCAAUGCUUUUGUUGUGAAUGGAUUGGUGGAUAUGUACAGAAGGUGUGGGGAUAUGAAAACUGCCUUCAAAAUGUUUUCCAAGUUUUCAAGGAAAUGUGCAGCAUCUUACAAUGCGAUGAUCGCUGGUUAUUGGGAAAAUGGCGAUGUCUUUAGGGCCAAGGAGUUGUUUGAUCAGAUGGAGCAAGAAGGUGUAGAGAGGGAUAGAAUAUCAUGGAAUUGUAUGAUAUCAGGGUACGUGGACAGUUCCCUGCUUGAUAAAGCUUUUAGCCUUUUUAGAGAUUUGCUGAAGGAAGGAAUCGAACCUGAUUCUUUCACUCUUGGAAGUGUCCUUGCUGGCUGUGCUGAUAUGGCUUCUAUUCGACGAGGGAAAGAGAUACAUUCCCAUGCCAUUGUCAGAGGUCUACACUCCAACAGUUAUGUGGGUGGAGCUUUGGUAGAAAUGUACUGUAAAUGCAAGGACAUAGUAACUGCUGAAAUGGCAUUUGAUGAUGUAAGAGAAAGAGAUCUUCCAACUUGGAAUGCUUUGAUAUCGGGCUAUGCACGCUCCAGUCAAACUGAAAAGAUUGGAGAACUUCUCCAGAAAAUGGAAACGGAUGGUUUUGAACCAAAUGUGUAUACAUGGAAUGGUAUUAUAGCUGGCUAUGUGGAAAAUAAACAGUAUGAUUCAGCAAUGCAAUUGUUCACCGAAAUGCAGAUUGCAAAUUUGAGGCCUGACAGAUACACAGUUGGAAUAAUUUUAGCAGCAUGCUCUAAGUUAGCAACAAUCCAACGAGGAAAGCAGGUCCAUGCAUUUUCCAUAAGAGCCGGUCACGACUCAGAUGUUCACAUUGGAGCUGCCCUGGUGGACAUGUAUGCAAAAUGUGGGGAUGUCAAGCAUUGCUAUCGUGUUUAUAACAGGAUAUCAAACCCAAAUUUGGUGUCCCACAAUGCUUUGCUCUCUGCAUAUGCCAUGCACGGGUACGGGGAAGAAGGAAUUUCUCUUUUUCGUGGAAUGUUGGCUGGCAAUGUAAGACCAGACCAAGUGACUUUUCUAGCAGUUCUUUCUUCAUGUGUUCAUGCUGGAUCAUUGGAGAUUGGUCAUGAAUGCUUUGAUUUGAUGGUGACUUACAAUGUGACGCCGACAUUGAAGCAUUAUACAUGUAUGGUUGACCUCUUGAGUCGUGCAGGCAAGCUCUGCGAAGCAUAUGAACUUAUUAAGAACGUGCCAAUGGAAGCUGAUGCAGUGACCUGGAAUGCUUUGCUUGGGGGUUGUUUUAUUCACAGUGAAGUUGACUUGGGUGAAAUAGCAGCUGAAAAGCUCAUUGAAUUAGAGCCGAAUAAUCCUGGAAACUAUGUUAUGUUAGCCAACUUGUAUGCUUCUGCAGGGAAAUGGCAUUAUCUUACACAUACUAGACAAUUAAUGAAAGAUAUGGGAAUGCAGAAGAGUCCUGGAUGCAGUUGGAUAGAAGAUAGAGAUGGGGCUCAUGUGUUUGUUGCUAGUGAUAAGACUCACAAAAGAACAGACGAGAUAUAUUAUAUUCUGGACAAUUUGACUAAUUUGAUUAGAAUAAAGCAUUAGAAUCAUUUAUAACUUGA